AUGCAAAAUUCCCACCGAAUUCAGCAGUCUUAGUUUCUCCAAACCUACAUGUUCAACGUCUGAAGUGCUCUCUGCGAAGUGGGGCCAAAAAAAAAAACAGUUUAGCGCAUAGCUGGGCGAUUGGUUGCGUCCGCGUGGCUUUCUCAGAUCGUGGCGCACCGCGGCGGCGCUGACGCCGCCGGCGACCAGGGGCUCUCGGCUGCCGACCGCCGGAGAUGGGGAAGCGCGAUUUCGAGCGCCUGCACCACGUGGCGUUCUUCGAGGCCAUGGCCACGGAGCUCCCCGACGAAUACGCCUCCCAGGAGGUCAACCACCUCACCCUCUCCUACUUCGCCGUCGGCGGCCUCUCCCUUCUUCGGGAGCUCGACCGGAUUAACAAGGAUGAAAUAGCCAAAUGGGUUUUGUCUUUUCAAGUUCACCCUGCGGCGAAUGAUGAUAUAGGUUCUGGGUUGUUCUAUGGAUUCUGUGGUUCUAGAUCAACUCAAUUUCCCUUGCCUAAUGUGAAGGAUCCUUGCCACAAUGUUAGUCAUCUUGCAAGCACUUAUUCUGCCCUUGCUAUCCUCAAGAUUAUUGGCUAUGAUCUAGCAAAUAUUGACUGCAAGGCACUUCUAUUAUCUUUGAAAAUGCUCCAACAACCAGAUGGAAGCUUCAUGCCUACUCAUAUUGGUGCAGAAACAGACCUUCGCUUUGUAUACUGUGCAGCUGCAAUCUGCUCAAUGCUAGAUGACUGGACAGGAAUGGACAAGUUAAAGGCAAAGGAGUACAUUCUUAACUGCCAGUCAUAUGAUGGAGGCUUUGGUAUGGUUCCUGGUUCUGAAUCUCAUGGUGGAGGAACUUUUUGUGCUGUUGCUGCUCUCCAUCUAAUGGGCUUCAUCCAAGUUGAUUUGGCAUCUGACUUAAGAGAUUCUACAUCAAUCGACACAUGCAUGCUCCUCGAAUGGUGUCUUCAGAGACAAGUCACUGAUGGAGGGUUUCAAGGGAGAAGGAACAAGCUCAGUGAUACAUGCUAUGCUUUUUGGGUUGGAGGCGUCUUGAAGAUCUUGGGUGCAUACCACUUGAUCGACAGCUGUGCUCUGCGGAGUUUCUUGCUCACCUGCCAGUCGCCUGUAAUUGACCUCAGAACCUCUUCAAUCAGCUUAAUCCCAUUCUCGGAUAGCUCAGGGUAUGUUUUUCGUUCACUGCUGCAACAGUAUGGAGGCUUCACGAAGUUCCCGGAUGAUCGGAUACCAGACAUCUACCAUUCUUACUACGGCCUGGCAGCCCUCUCCUUGUUGGAAGAGGAAGGGCUGGAACCCCUCUGCGUCGAACUGGGGAUCCUCUCCGCUGCUGCAUUAUAGAAACUUGUGUUUCUACCGAAUCCAGUUACUGUACAAUGUUUGUG